AUGAAUCAAAUAAAGAAUUCAACUUUGAUCAUACCUUGUGUUUCCAUUGGUAAUGUACCUCAAUUAACAGUAGAUUUACUAGUACAUAAUCUUGAAUUUAAGAAACUUUGUUCUUUAAAUGAUGAAUUCUUGUAUCCAUUUUUAUCACCUAUUGAUCAAUUACCAAAUGAUUCACCUUCAUCAGAUUUGAGUACAAGUUUAGAAUUAUAUUAUAGUGAAAAGCAUAACUUACUGUUGAUACAACAACGUUCUCCCAUAAUACCGGGAUUUGUACAAUUAUUCUAUAAGAAAAUCCAACAAUUGAUAGUUGAAAAUGAUAUUUCAAGAGUAUUUAUCUUAGAUAGUGGAGAUUUGGGAUUAAUUGAUAAUGUUGGUGAUAAUAUUAAGGUCUUCAGUAAUGAUUUAACCAAAUCAAUAGAAUCUUUGAGUAUCUCCAGUCAAGAUGCCAUCAAACCUUUAGAUAAAAAGACCUAUGAUAAUUCCAAAAUCGUUAAAUACUUUGAUUUAAAUGUGGAAGUAGUAGUAUUGUCAAUCUAUGUAUACGAAGGAGAAAAUUUCAAUGAAGCUAUAACUUUAGGUAACAAAUUGUUAACAUAUUUAUCCAUUGAAGAGACCAAAUGGAACACACCUGUUAGUUGGCAAGGUGUUUAUGGAGACAAACCGGUACCGAUUUCAAUGGAAGAAGGGAUUUUUGGAUAA